AGAAUAAAAAGACUAAACUAAUCAUGACGCACGUCAUCCAGGCCGGCAGGAGGCGCCGCUGCGUCACGCGCGCAGCCGCAGAAGGAGACCGAGGGACAGCGGAUCAUGAGGAUCUCAGAUGUUCUUCCAAACCUAAAGUCCAUCUAAUCCUCGCACAGAAUGAUCGCAGCGCGCUGUCUGCUGUCUAAAGCGCCGCACAGGACGGUGUUGAGAGCAGCAGGGUCGCGCUGUUAUCGGCCUUUACAGCAGAAGGACACACAUGCUGUGAACCACAGAAGAACACAGACACACAACCUCACAAUCACAGCUCGAGACAUCACAACACCCGCUGAACACCCGACAACACAAGGGUUCGACGUGGCUCUGCUGGUGUCGCUCCUGAGGCAGGAGAACGCCUCAGACAUCUGCGUCAUCAGAGUCCCGCCAGAGCUCAAAUACACCGAUCACAUGAUCAUCGUGAGCGGAUCGUCUCCACGACACCUCAACGCCAUGGCAGAGUUUGUGCUCAAAGCGUUCAAGUUUCUGCGGAAGGACGAGGAGCGGCACGUUCGGCUGGAGGGCAGAGACUGUGACGACUGGAAGUGCAUCGACUUCGGACCCAUGGUGCUUCACUUCAUGCUGCCGGACACCAGAGACACGUAUGAACUGGAGAAACUCUGGACCCUGCGCUCGUAUGACGAGCAGCUCAACCGCAUCCCACGAGAAACGCUUCCCUCGGACUUCAUUUAUGAUAUGAAGCACAAAUGAUCCUCACGGACGACUGAAUCACGAACUGUUCAAAAUCACAGCGAGAUUCUCAGUCAGUGCCGUACGUCACCUCUGCGUUCUUCUGUGGGAAACCAGCUUUUGUGAAUGCUGUAAAAAUAUCAACAGUGACUUCAUUAAAAAAGACAAAUCAUCAGAAAUAUCGUUUUGAGCUGCUCAUUUUGAAUAAAAGGAUUUUAUUCACAAA